GGGUCCGAGCCGCGGGGGGCAGUGCCAUGCACAAGCACCAGCACUGCUGUAAGUGCCCUGAGUGCUAUGAGGUGACCCGCCUGGCCGCCCUGCGGCGUCUUGAGCCUCCUGGCUAUGGAGACUGGCAGGUGCCCGACCCCUACGGGCCAGCUGGGGGCAAUGGAGCCAGCUCCAGUUAUGGGGGCUAUAGCUCUCAGACCCUGCCUUCACAAGCAGGAGCCACCCCCACCCCUCGCACCAAGGCCAAGCUCAUCCCCACUGGUCGAGAUGUGGGGCCAGUGCCUCCAAAGCCAGUCCCAGGCAAGAGCACCCCCAAACUCAACGGCAGUGGCCCCAGCUGGUGGCCUGAGUGCACCUGUACCAACCGGGACUGGUAUGAGCAGGCCAGCCCUGCACCCCUCCUAGUGAGCCCCGAGGCCCUGGAGCCCAGCCUUUCGGUGAAUGGCAGCGAUGGCAUGUUCAAGUAUGAGGAGAUAGUACUCGAACGGGGCAACUCUGGCCUGGGCUUCAGUAUUGCAGGUGGCAUUGACAACCCCCAUGUCCCUGAUGACCCUGGCAUCUUUAUUACCAAGAUCAUCCCUGGUGGAGCAGCUGCCAUGGAUGGGAGGCUGGGGGUGAAUGACUGUGUGCUGCGGGUGAAUGAGGUGGACGUGUCGGAGGUGGUACACAGCCGGGCUGUGGAGGCGCUGAAGGAGGCAGGCCCGGUGGUGCGGUUGGUGGUUCGGAGGCGACAGCCCCCACCUGAGACCAUCAUGGAGGUCAAUCUGCUCAAAGGGCCCAAAGGCCUGGGUUUCAGCAUUGCUGGGGGCAUUGGCAACCAGCACAUCCCAGGAGACAACAGCAUCUACAUCACCAAGAUCAUUGAGGGGGGAGCUGCUCAGAAAGAUGGACGCCUACAGAUUGGGGACCGGCUGCUGGCGGUGAACAACACCAAUCUUCAGGAUGUGAGACAUGAGGAAGCUGUGGCCUCUCUGAAGAACACAUCCGAUAUGGUCUAUCUGAAGGUGGCCAAGCCAGGCAGCCUCCACCUCAACGACAUGUAUGCUCCUCCUGACUACGCCAGCACUUUUACUGCCUUGGCUGACAACCACAUAAGCCAUAAUUCCAGCCUGGGUUAUCUUGGGGCAGUGGAGAGCAAGGUCAGCUACCCUGCUCCCCCUCAGGUUCCCCCGACCCGCUACUCUCCUAUCCCCAGGCACAUGCUGGUGGAGGAGGACUUCACCAGAGAGCCCCGCAAGAUCAUCCUGCACAAAGGCUCCACAGGCCUGGGCUUCAACAUUGUAGGAGGAGAGGAUGGAGAAGGCAUUUUUGUCUCCUUCAUCCUGGCAGGAGGCCCAGCCGACCUGAGUGGGGAGCUGCGCAGGGGAGACCGGAUCUUAUCGGUGAAUGGAGUGAACCUGAGGAAUGCAACACAUGAGCAGGCGGCUGCUGCUCUAAAACGAGCUGGCCAGUCAGUCACCAUUGUGGCCCAGUACAGACCAGAAGAAUACAGUCGCUUUGAGUCAAAGAUACAUGAUCUGCGAGAACAAAUGAUGAACAGCAGCAUGAGUUCUGGGUCUGGGUCCCUGCGAACAAGUGAGAAGAGGUCCUUGUAUGUCAGGGCCCUAUUUGAUUAUGACCGGACUCGGGACAGCUGCCUGCCAAGCCAGGGGCUCAGCUUCUCUUAUGGAGACAUUUUGCAUGUCAUUAAUGCCUCUGAUGAUGAGUGGUGGCAGGCAAGGCUGGUGACCCCACAUGGAGAAAGCGAGCAGAUUGGUGUGAUCCCCAGUAAGAAGAGGGUGGAAAAGAAAGAGCGAGCUCGAUUGAAAACUGUCAAAUUCCAUGCCAGGACAGGGAUGAUUGAGUCUAACAGGUCGAUCAAAACGAAACGUAAAAAGAGUUUUCGCCUAUCUCGAAAGUUUCCAUUUUACAAGAGCAAAGAAAACAUGGCCCAGGAGAGCAGCAUACAGGAACAGGGAGUGACAUCCAACACCAGUGACAGCGAAAGCAGUUCCAAAGGACAAGAGGAUGCUAUUUUAUCAUAUGAGCCAGUGAUACGACAAGAAAUUCACUACGCCAGGCCCGUGAUCAUCCUGGGCCCAAUGAAGGACCGAGUCAACGAUGACCUGAUCUCUGAGUUCCCACAUAAAUUUGGAUCCUGUGUGCCACAUACUACCCGGCCUCGGCGUGAAAAUGAAGUGGAUGGACAGGACUAUCAUUUUGUAGUAUCCCGGGAACAGAUGGAGAAGGAUAUUCAGGACAACAAGUUUAUUGAGGCAGGCCAGUUCAAUGAUAAUCUCUACGGGACCAGCAUCCAGUCAGUACGGGCAGUUGCAGAGAGGGGCAAGCACUGCAUCUUAGAUGUUUCCGGCAAUGCUAUCAAGAGACUGCAGCAAGCACAACUUUACCCCAUUGCCAUUUUCAUCAAGCCCAAAUCCAUUGAAGCACUUAUGGAAAUGAACCGACGACAGACAUACGAGCAAGCAAAUAAGAUCUAUGACAAAGCCAUGAAACUGGAGCAGGAAUUUGGAGAAUAUUUUACAGCCAUUGUACAGGGUGACUCACUGGAAGAGAUUUAUAACAAAAUCAAACAAAUCAUUGAGGACCAGUCUGGGCACUACAUUUGGGUCCCAUCCCCUGAAAAACUCUGAAGAAUCCCCUCCAACCAUUCUCUUGUGAACAGAAGAAAUCAAGUCCCUCUUCCCUCCUCCCUCUUCAUUCCUGUCCCCAUGGGGAGAACAAAUGACUACUGUUCUUAUCCCCUUUUUUAAGAUAUGUCAAAAAUUGAGUUUUCUAGUCCUGUAUUUUUCUUUCCUUAACUUUUUUAAUUUGGUUUUGUUUUAUUUUUGGGAUGAUGCCAUCUCACUCAUCAUGUGACUGUGCCCAUUCCUGCAUGGACCUUUCCCAAGCGCUAGCACAGGUGCGAAUCCAUCAGAGCCAUUGUUUUCAUAAACACCUAGCAGAAGCGAAGAGAAGAGAGGAGGACUGAUGGAAAGACAGACUCUGGAUAGCUGCACGGCUUGUGAAGUGAUCUAACAGCACCACGUGAUGAGGUGCUCCUGGGCAUUUCUACCCACCUGUACUGCUGGCUUGCAGCUCUGAACGGUGCAAAAUAAUGGCAACAGAAAGUAUCUUAUUUAUAUAUAGAUAUAUAUAUAUGUAAUUUAUAUAAAAUACAUAGAAAUUAUUAUAUAUAUUAUACACUCUCUUAUUAUAUAUAUAUAUACAUAUAUAUAUGUAUGUAUAUAUAUAUACACUCACCUACAUGGGGACUAGAAAAUCUAUGGAGACUUCAUCAAUGGUACUAUGUUAUUAGAGAAAUGCUUUAAUUUUCAUAUUCAAAUCAGAUGGCAUCUUCUGUCCCACCUGGCUGGGAAGGGAUUGGGAAGUAAUAAGUGCCACGCCAGGGGCACUCACUUGCAUUCAAAUCAUUCUCUUGAGAGCUAAGGUUUGCUCCAGGCGGGGUCAGCCUGGGGCCUGAGAGAAGAGGCUUUGCUUGGGGGACAGAGGGUUUGGAGAUUUGACAGCCCAGAGAGAGCAGCUGCUGCCCCUGCAGUGCAGCCAGCCCCUCCCUGUGUGGGAAGAGAGAAUGGUAACUGAUGCUCCAGAUAAACUUGCCUAUUGUUUUAUGCCACCUGACGUGUCUGCAUGAGAGCUUUCCUCUUUUUUGUUCAUUUUUAAGCUGCUGUUAAACCAAAACCACGUUGUGCUACUGUAUCAGCCUUUUCAUUCUUCCAAAUUUUACUUUUCCUAUUUAAGUGAAUGCGUAGAAUCCAAUUUGCCAGUGUUCUAAAGGCUUGUGAGGUUCUGAGAGGAGCCAGGACCCGGGAUGUAGUAGGUGACCCAGGUCUGGCCCAUCCAUGGAGUCAGCAGAGGGAAAGCUGGGGCUCUGCAGUGCAUACUGGCCUCCACUAACCCACUGAGGACAUGCUAGGUUUGUCUGGGGCCCUUCAAGGGGCCAUUGACAAGGACAGGGAGGUGCUUGCCUUCUGGCUCAGUGCCAGGACAGUGGAACAGCACCAGGCAUGGCCAGCCAUGUAGUGAGUUGGAUUUGGUUCUUUUCUUUUCUUUUCUUUUGCAGCUGCUCCAUUUGCCCUACCCCAGCCCCAUCACCAACAGCUGGUAGCUUACUUUUUCUUGAAGAAGAAAGUAGACUUUCAAUGCUAUAAAUGAGCUGUAGAGCUAAGAUUCACUCACUGGUGAGCUGUGAAGCCUUGUUGCUUUUCCCAGAGUCUGAUGGCAGUGACGGGUCCACGGAGUUUUCCUCCUGCCACCAGUGCAGGCAGCAGGUGUGGUCCAGGCCCUACCCCGCCCCCACUGUGCUCCUUUGAAGCCAACGUGCCUCCCUCACCUCCACACUGGAGGGAUGAUGUAGGGGAGAGAACCUAGAAAAACUUGGCCCUUGAGUUGAGCCCACUGGGUUAGGACCAGUGCAAAUGACACAAUGUUGAAGAUGCUUUAAGCACUACCGGCCACUAGCAGGAACUAUGUUCGCAGGUAUCCUAACAGUAUAAUGAGGCUAACUGAAGUGUGGGGCCCACAAGUGAGGGGAAAGAACAGGCAGCAGCUUUCCCUUGGGCAGUACACUGGAUUGAAGGCAAAGAGGGAUAGCGUGAUGGCUGAUUGUGACUCUGAUGAGGGAGGUGAGCAGGGAGUGGUGAUUCCUGAUGGUAACAGUGACACAUGUGUGAACAAUGAUGCUCAACCCUUCCUCUCUUCCUCCCUCGCAGAGUUGAAAAGCAAAGUUUUCAAAGUAAGCAUGACACUAGUUGGUUUACCAGUGUUCCUUCCAAGGAGACAUAUAUUUUUUAAUAAAUGAUAGUUGCAAUGAA